AUGGCCACUAGCCCUAGAUUAAUGCUUCUUUCAUUCAUCCUGAUCAUUUACAUGGUGGUGGCACCACCGCCGGCUAAGGCGGUGAUCACGUGUGACACCGUGUACGAUGGUGUUAAGCCAUGUCUUAACUAUGUCGUGUUUGGUGGGAUAGUCCCGACAGAUUGUUGCAAUGGACUUGAAUCUGUUAUUGCUUCUGCUAUUACUACUGCAGACCGUCAGAGCGCGUGCUCGUGUAUAAAGAGUCUUGCAUCGCAUGCCACGGACGAUGAACUUAGUCGCGCUGCUAGUAUCCCUGGACAAUGUGGAGCAACCAUUCCUUUCGAGAUUAGCCCAAAUGUUGAUUGCUCAAAGGUGAAGUGA